CAAUGAGGAAUAGUCCUAUAAGGCAUAUGACGAAGGUUGGGAACACAGUUUUGCAACCGUACACCCUACUUUGGAAGAAAGCCAAGAGAACAGGUCAGGCACCUCUGGAUUUAAGGGAAUCUGUUGAAAGGUUUUGGUGACAUUAUGAACGAUCUUAUCUCUUGGCCUAAUCCUCAUAGCUUGACAUGGUAUUAUUCUCUACACAUCUGUCAGCAUUAUUAACUCACAGUGGUAUUCUGAUGCUUGUAGGAUUCAUCCAGCUGGGCUGGGUGCACAGACUGUAAGAACCAAGUCUAGGAAGAGCCAGGUGUUCACAGACCUAUCGGAAAGGAUUGGGCAAGGCAGUAGUGACCAUUGGGCAGUUGAUAUCCCAGACCAGCCCCAAAGACAGUGGUGUCCAUGGGGAGCUUGAGAGACCUAAAUCCAGUCUAAAGGUCACAGUACCGAUAGGGAGCCCCAAACUAAGUUCAAAGAGACACAGCAGAUGAACUCAUCCAGACGGGCUUGAUUGGGGGCGACUCUGAGACUGCGGGAUUUAGAGAGAGAGCAUGGGGCGCUUGUUCUUACCUGGCUCACCCCCCGGGCAUGGCAGGAUGGGAGGAAGGCAGAUUGGGCUGUUGUAAGAGCACAGCAAGAAACUUCAUGGCCCACAGCGGGCGUAUAUCUGGAGGCCUGCCUUGUCAUCUCCUCACAUUCAGGAAGGAGCUGCCCUUUGGGGCACAGCACACGAGGAACCAAAUCCUAACCCCAGGGGACUUUACAAGCCUCGAAAGGUCUCUGGUCUGUUCACUUAUUCUAAUUGGUAGGAGGAAUGAAAACCUGUUUUCUGUAUUGUGGGAACUACCAGAUGGGCAAAGGGCACGUCCAGGGGACAACCUUCUUCCAUGCCAUCUAGUUUUCUAUCCUAUUUCCACAUUUUCAGAUGAUUCAUUUAAUCUCCUUUAAAGAAACUUCUGGAGAUGGCCACUUGGGUCUAGGUUUCUGAACAGCACCCCCAGAGGCUGGAGGAGUAUUGAAUUGCUUUAUUGCAAAUAUUAUACUCUCCCAUUUUACAACCAGAACUAACGUUCAGUGCCCACACUCUUUUUGAGCUUUGCGUGGACUCCCUUAUUGAGCCAUCGCUGUAACCCUGUGAAGUAGGUAUUAGUUCCUGUCCUAUUCUUCUGAUGAGGAAACUGAAGCUCAGAGGGGUAAGUAACUUGAUCAAGCUCAAACAUCUAGGCAGCCAGAGAUGAGGGUUAGAAUUCAGGCAUUUGAACACAGAGCCCUGCUGUUUUCUCUGUUGGCUUCUUAUGAUGUGUCACAUUGAAUUAUUAUUAUUUUUUAAAUAUUUAUUUAUUUAUUUAGCUGUGUCGGGUCUUAGUUGUGGCGUGCAUGCGGGAUCUAGCUCCCUCACCAGGGAUCGAACCCGGGCCCCCUGCACUGGAAGCACGGAGUCUUAGCCACUGGACUGCCAGGAAGGCCUCACAUGGGAUUAUAAUUGAUUUCUUUCUGCCUCCUCACUAAUCUGGAUGGUCUCUGAGGGCAGGGACCUGGUCUUAUUCACACCUGUACCCAAGAGCUUAGCAUCCCUCCCAACGCGCUCACUCAUUCUGUUAGGCUCCCCACUGGCUGACUUGGUUCCGUGAAAGAAUUCCAUGUGGCAACGUGAGCUGACCUCACACUGGUGGUUCCCAGUCAGAACCCAAACAUUCUGUAGCGAGAAGAGCUCCUUAGUUGCUCAGAGAAAUAUAGGACAGAUACUAGCCUACAACUAAAUACUUUCUUUCAUCCAUACGAUAACAAACUAGCAGUUUUGGAACGAUGGACAAGGUUCAAAGUUCUUUCACCAUUUUAUUUUUGUUUUUAAUGGAAUUCCCACUUCAUUUGUGCUUGCCUUAUGCAGGUGAGUUCAAACCAGUUGGACAGACAACACACUUAAUGGGUUAUAUACAGUCACAAAGACCCACAAAUGUCACCAAAAAGCCCACACUGUACGCUAAGGAAUUUCAAUUAUCUCACGUUCAAGGAGCUUUCUCAAAACACAGAGAUGAGUCAUUCUCCAGCACGUACUACACCCACGCCAUUCCCAGGGCGUACUGCUACAUCGAUGGCCGGUUCUGCUUCACACCUAAAAUGAGAUUUUAUGAGAACUUUUUUCCCCCAUUUUUAGCGCUGAUUCCUCAUAGACCUGCUCUUGCUCAAGUAAUUACAAUUGCGUGUAUAGCCUUCAGUAUUGCCCUGAUAUGUGGGAUCACUAUUUCCUACAUGAUAUAUCGACUGGUACAGGCUGAGGAAAAACAACAACUUGCAUCGCUCUAUAAAAAUGUCAAGAUACCAUUAUUAGGAGAUGAAGAGGAGGGCUCUGAGGAUGAGGGCCAGGAUGAGUCCACGCACCUCCUUCCAGAGAGUGAGAAGGAACUGGAAAAGUUCAUUCAUUCAGUCAUUAGAUCAAAAAGAAGAAAACAUAUGGAAAAGAAGAGAUUGAACACAGAGCAAAAGUUGGUAAAGGAAGUAGAAAUAAAGGAUGCUAUACAUACCGCAAAUCCGGGGCGUCUGUGAAAAGAAAUGAAAGAGAGGCAGGACAUGCCAGCCAGUGUGGAGGAAACAGUGACAGAUGACAGAAUGUGAGUAUGACUUGCUCCUGGAGAACGUUGUGCAAGAGCACUCUAAAGGAAGAACACCAGACGUAAAAACAGGAAAUAAAUUCAU